GCUCAUCCACGACUCGCUAAUCCAGCAAGCAUCACAUCGUCGUGACCAUCCGACUCCCCGACAACCCGCAAACACCAGCCGGUUCCUCGCAUCCACCGGUCGACCUCGACUCGUCCCCUCUGUUCACUUGAUCCGACGUCCGGACGCCCAACAAUCACUUACCACAUACACCACCAGCCAUGGCAUCAGAAGCCCCCAAAGGCACAAGCGACAGCAAGGCCACCUCGGCCAAGCCCGAGCAGCCCGUGCAGAAGACCAACGCACCGCUCGAGGAGGACGACGAGUUUGAAGAUUUCCCCGUAGAGGACUGGCCCGCGGAGGAGACCGAGGCCGCCGCCACAGCGACCGGCGACGCCGCCGGCACGACAACAGGCCACCUUUGGGAGGAGAGCUGGGACGACGACGACACGACCGACGACUUCUCGGCGCAGCUGAGGGAGGAGCUUAAGAAGGUUGAGGCGAGCAAGCGGAGGUAGAAGAAUCCAACACGAGCCGUGUUGAAGGAAUCGAGCAAUCUCAUUCCGUGGACCACAAACCCAACUUCAAGGACAUCUACGAGUAAAGUCACGCUUCUGGCAGAAUGCUCGUCCUCCGCUUUUAGCGUACGGAAUCUGCUGGGGGCAGCAGUGCUGUGCCGCCAAAGCGUACUCUCUGCGUAGUGUGGGUUUGAUCUUUUCGAUUACAGCCCGGCUUACGGAUGGGCACGAUCCGAUAGAAUGAGACCAAAGUUAAAGGACAGACCGAGGUUGGACAACUAAAGUCAGUAAUAGACAUUGCUUGGCAUGUGCUCAUGCAUCUAGCACUGUGUCGUGUGACUCAAGCUUCUAGUUGCACGGUAAUCUAUCACGACAACGAUGGACACGUGAAAGUGCACG